AUGUCAGGCUCGGCCCAGCCCCUACAGCCAGACAAGCCACUACGUUACCGUGAAGGACAAAGACGACGCACUGCCCUAGUCACAUACAACCCCAACCUGACCGGAAGCAGCAGCCUGGACUAUGAAGACCUGGGUGCCAUGACCGAUGUUGAAGUGCCCACCUUCCAGCGGGGCGGGUUUUCACGCACCAGCUUACCCAUUGUUCGCAGUGCCUCUACAUCACUGGACAGACCCUUAG